GAAGCUCUAUGGAUUGCUUUUUCUCUUUCUCUCUCUCAUCCACUCUCACUGAGUUUUCAAAAGAAGCAAGCCAGCAGACAGGUGGAGGGAAGCGAAGGUUAGCGUACCUUCGUGCUGCCAUCGCAUCAGUUUGCCGGGUAACCUCACAGCUGCAGGCGCCUUCGUUCGGCGGGCUUUUCCGGGCCUCCUGACUUCGAAGAAUGGCUCGCCGCAGGUCGUCGUCCUCUGCGUCAUCCAUGCACUGCACAGUCCCAGAGCUGACACUAGAAGACUAUGACCCCAGGCCUGAUGAGGAGCUGAUCUGCGUCAUCUGCCAUUCGGUGCUGAGUGAGCCCGUCGAGUGCCACUGCCGCCACGUCUUCUGCCGCCGCUGCAUCUCCGAGUGGGUCCGCAAAAACAACAGCUGCCCCGUGUGCCGCAAGCGAGCCAUCUCGGCCUUUAUGCCUGCCCUGCCUCUGAUACAAAACAUGGUCAACCGUCUGAAGGUGAAGUGCCGAAAUUCUGGCUGCAAUGCCCGUGUUCCUGCAGAAAGUUUUGCGAAUCAUGUGAGUUCCUGUGAGUUUCACGAAGUGAGCUGUCCGCACGAGGCAUGCGAGCACCGGUGCCCGCGUCGUGCGCUGGAGUCUCAUGUGAAGCAGUGCCCACUUCGCGAAGUCACGUGCGAACAAGGCUGUGGACUUGUGCUCACACGUGACCGUCUCAAGACCCACAGCUGCGUGGAUGAACUCAAGCGUAAGCUAGAUGAUGCCACAUCUGAGCGCGACGAUUGGAAACGGAGGGCUGAGGACACAACACAAGCCCUGAACAGGCUUCGUGACACAUUGCGCCGAUUGGGGGACAGUGUGGAGGGCCUGCAGAACAGUCUCGGUGAUCUUGGAACUCGGCUUCGGUGUGCCGAGACUAUGGCAGCAUCGGGCCAGCGUGGUCACCGGCCAACAUCGACACUGCGGACAGGCCGCAUCACACAUGAUGGCUUUGUGAGCAGCAGCAGCUUAUAUCCGGGCGUUCUCUUUGGUACACGGACAGCUCAACUCCUGGAAGAGAUUGAAAGCGAUUCAGACCGCAGCUGGAGUCCGCACUCGGAUGGUUCGCACGAGUCUCUUGAGAUCUUCGUUGAUUUUAACAACUGAACAGUGCAUUCUUAGCAGCUUAGCUUAGAAGCUGCUUACACUUUGUGCUUAUGAGUUUUAGAAAUUUUAGUUUUUUUAAGCUUCCGCAAUAGUCCUUGUCAGUUUUUCUUGCUGAUUUGUAGUCACCACGUUGUCCCCCCCCCCCCCCCUUUUUUUUUGUUCUGUGUUGUUUUUCUGUUAUCAACAACCAUAAUUGCAUUUUCACAGGGUACUCAGAAUCAACAAGUCAUAUAAGCACUUGCUUGCAAUGUAGCAUGCAGUCUCAUAUAAGUUAGGUAAAAGGCCUUGUGUAUUGAUGUAUAUUCGUCAUUAGUCAAGGAAAGUAGUGCCACUUGCCUUUGUUGAAGGUUUCAGCAACAGUUCUUUCGUACUGAGGGUUUCUGUUCUUGUUCGACACCCUGACCAUACAGCUGCGAAAAGAGAUUAAAAGAAAUUCUGGCCACAUCUGGGGUUCGGACUUUGGCAGUUUUCGCAAAUUACAAAAAUGUAGAACUCUUCAUUCGUUUUAGCAGAAGAGGUGGAAAACAUGGUAGUUGCAAAUGUAUUCUUCUUAAGGCCUAUAAAGAAAGCUGUUGGAGUGGUGCUACAGUUAUAUGAUUAUUACUGAAAAAGCUGCACACAGACAUCCGACAGCUCUACAUUUGCACAUUUCAUCAUUUUUUUAGUGCAUAAAUAGUUUCUUUGCCAUGAAAUUUGUAACUGAUAGAUUUUGUUAUACUUUGCUGUGUAGAGCUCGAGGUUGGUGGCUUUCAGCCAAAAAUGCUACGAGACCAGUCGUGAAUACCGGAGAAAGUGGUGGCAGGCCAUGGGAGAGCAUUACACUCGAAGGACAGUUGGUGCAACUAAAUGUGCACAUAAUAUGUUGUCCUGCUUUACUAAUGUGCUCAAAUCAUCAUUCAAACAGCGCCAUGACACUCAUCUAUGAACAGCACAGGGCUAUUUGUGAGAAAAACCUUUGUGAAAUCUGGAUACGUGUUCUUGCACACAGGAUUUGAGAAGUAUUGCUUUAGCCUACAAAAGGGCAGCUAUAGUUAAGCGAAGCAUUUCUGUGGAAGCAGAGACCUUUCAAUUCAGAGCAAAAAUCUCUUUUGUGUUUGUUAAAUCUCAGUAUUGUGCAUCAGGAAAAUACUCUUCACUUGAUUGUUGUGACACUCCUGUCAUGACAGGUUAGAGUUGUAAUAUCAGAAAGCUGGAUUGUUGUUCACUCUGGGUGCUCUUUAGUCGACAAUAACUUUAACUUCAAGAACAUGUGUAGAUUAAUGCAGUGCUGGAUGUCACCAGUUUCAGGGAAGGGGUAUGGAGGACAUUUCAACUGGUUGAGUGUCGCACGUGGUACUAGUUGCUUUCCUUGCAUACUGCUCAAGAUGUUCCCAAGGAAGAUUUUCUUAUUGUAGCCAGUGUAAAACACUGCGAACUCUUUGGCAUUUAUGCAUCCAAGUACAAAAUUUAUUGAGGCAUUGUUGAUUUCGAUAACUGAGAGAAUAGUGGUUGAGCUUACACUUCUGAAACGUGGAGCUUACUAUGCAUAUUUGACGAGAUUAUGCACGGACCACAAAUGAAGGGAGGAGCAUUACAGCAUGUGUUUGUUGUAUGACAAGGAUUGUUUUGCUUUGUGUUGGUGGUGCAAUCAUUGUACGGGUGCAAGGCUGGCAUGGUUGAGGUCUUGAGCUCUGUCAAUUUUUCUAUGACAUGAAAUGAUGACCCAAUGCUGGAACAUGUUUUUCUACCGUACACCUCCAUAGGAACCUGGAAUAUUUAGCUCCAAGCUUUCCUGAUUAAACCUUUGUGGUUUUGCGUGUUGCAGUCUGCUCUGGGUGGCGCUUCUAGCUGUAGUGUUAAGAAACUGGCAGCCGUUCCUUCUGUGCAAGCUUGAGUAAUGCAGGUUGCUUUCAGACUUGUGAUAAUGGUUUCCCACCUGUUUUAAGCAUUUCCGUGCAUUUGUGAUAUAUUUUUUCAAUCCAUUAUUUUACAUUGAUUUUCUUUUACAUGUGCUUCCUUUUUUUUUGCUGUUUGUGGCAGUGACGUGGCUGAAAGAAUGAAAGAGCAAAAAAAAAUUGGCACUGUUAAUCAGGUACUUUAUCUUGUUGUGGAACAAAUCUGAGCAUCAGAAUGCGCCCAGCACACAAUUGUGCUCAGUGGAUUGUUGUAUAGUGCUUCAAAUUUUUUCUUGUAUCUUGUUGUGGAAUAAAGCUGAAUAUCAGAAUGUGUCC